CGCAUUAUCUAAACUGAAAUUCCUGUACUCUUGGCAGAAUGCACAUAUUUACAUGGGAAAUAACAUAGUCAAGAAUCAUAUAUAAAGGUUUGUCUCUUUCAUUGAUUUACAUGACACAAUUCAUAACUGACACAUUUCCUAAAGAGUGGUCAGAGAUCUCUAACUAUACAGCACGCCAGACAUGACAAAGAACAUAUUACUGCAAUAAAUUAAGCAGAAAGAGCAACAUUAUUCCAAAAUACAGAGGCGUUAUUGUACCAGAUGAGAAUAGAGACUCACAGUUCUUAGACUGUUCAUAGAAACUGACUGACUGUCUGAACCGACCUUUGUAACGCAUCAUAUCUUUGACAUACGGUAACAGCAGUACGUUAAUAAAAAAUAAACAAACAGUGAACAUAUGGAGCAACUAUGCAGUAUCAACUUCCACAAGCAUAAGCUAUGUGUAAAAUUCAAAACUAGAAUUCCCCUAUUCUGACUGAACUCAAUGGGAUAAUGUUCCACACCAAACCCUUAAAAUCAGACACUCAUCACAAGAUCACAAGAGAUCUAUAUUUAAAAACAGAACAUUUAUGACAAAAGCCUGAAUUCUUUGACUGAGUCAUGCUGAAAUGUGCAUGUCCAUCAGAUUGUAUACACCAUUUCACAGAAGAUUACAGAUGAUUUUGAUUUUGUUAUUUUCAUGAUUUUCUUAGAACGCUCUUGUGUCUGGGCAGAAAUGUUUUCCGUUGUUAGAUAAGAACCAGUAAAAGAUUGACUUUUUGUGCCGUUAUUACCACAAUGCCUGUUGCUCAAUGCAGUAGUAUGUUUAACCCAGAAGAGACACAAAACUGACACCUUCUCUUUCCUCAGCCAAUGAGAACACUGGGGGGUGGGAUUUAGGAGAGGAGGGACUGCCACGAGGUUUUUGUAUAGUACGACAUAUACUUGUAUCACUGUUUUUUGGUUUUGCUGGUGGCAGGUGUGGUAGAAAGAGGCUACUGUAUAAAUAUAAGCAAUUUUAAACAGCUUGUGAAAGAAAGACCAUUUAUUCAGGAGCUGUCCUAAAAGCCCCAGCAGCACAUGGGCCCGUCAUCAGCGGAAGCCAUGGAGGACCUGAUGUCUACAACUGUUGCCCCCUUGAAGCGUAAAGUACGACGGACGAAGAAACCUACAGAGAUUAUUAAAACCAAGCUUCAGCGAAACCUCUCCUGCUCAGCAUCCAAAGUGAAGAACAGUCUAACAGGUCUCUUCCCUGUUGUGCAAUGGCUUCCCAAAUACAAGGUAAAGGAUUACAUAUGGGGGGAUAUGAUGUCUGGACUGAUAGUUGGCAUCAUAUUGAUCCCACAAGCCAUAGCGUAUUGCCUGUUGGCCGGCUUGGAUCCAAUCUACGGCUUGUAUACGUCCUUUUUUUCAAACAUCAUAUACUUUUUCAUGGGGACAUCGAGACAUGUUUCUGUGGGUAUCUUCAGCCUCAUGAGUCUGAUGGUUGGACAAGUUGUGGAUCGAGAGGUCUACCUAGCAGGCUUUGAUAUAAACGAAGACAUUAAGCAAAAUGCAUUUGAUGGGUUAAAUGGAACGGGGGAAAUCAACACCACAGUAGUCAACUUGAAGAUCAUGGCAUUGAAUAUGGAAUGUGGAAAGGAAUGUUAUGCCAUCAGAGUCGCUGCAGCUGUAACCUUCCUUGCUGGAGUCUAUCAGGUCCUGAUGGCUGUGCUUAGACUGGGCUUUGUUUCAGUUUAUCUCUCCGCUCCUAUGCUUGACGGCUUCGCCACCGGUGCGUCAUGCACUAUCCUCACUGUCCAGGCUAAGUACUUGCUUGGCCUCAAGAUCCCUCGCCACCAAGGCUACGGAACGGUUGUGAUCACCUGGAUCAACAUCUUCAAAAACAUUCACAACACGAACUUUUGUGAUUUGAUAACAAGUGCCAUUUGUAUCUUAGUAUUAGUUGCAGGAAAGGAGUUCCAGGAUCGAUACAAAGACCGUUUGAAGAUCCCGCUGCCUACUGAACUGGUAGUUGUGGGACUUGCAACUAUAGUGUCCCACUUUGCAGAUCUAAACGGGCAAUACAGCUCCAGUAUCUCAGGUGCCAUUCCAACUGGUUUCAUCCCACCGAAGGUGCCUAGCUUUGAACUGAUGCCCAGGGUAGCAUGGGAUGCCAUUCCGCUAGCGGUCAUCAGUUUUGCAUUUACAGUUUCCCUGUCUGAGAUGUUCGCCAAAAAGAACGGUUACACAGUUAGGCCCAACCAAGAGAUGAUAGCGAUCGGGUUCUGCAACAUCAUUCCGUCUUUUUUCCACUCUUUUACUACAAGUGCAGCUCUUGCUAAGACAAUGGUGAAAGACUCAACAGGUUGCCAGACCCAGAUCUCAAGUCUUGUGAGUGCCUUAGUGGUUCUUCUGGUUCUUCUCUUUUUUGCACCAUUUUUCUACGCCCUGCAGAAAUGUGUACUGGCCUGCAUCAUCAUCGUCAGCUUGCGGGGUGCCCUGCAUAAAUUUCGAGACGUCCCGAAGCAAUGGCGAGCGAGCAAGAUCGAAGCAAUCGUGUGGAUGGUGACCAUGAGCUCGUCCGCUCUUAUUAGCGUGGAGCUUGGAUUGCUGAUCGGGGUGGUCUUUUCUAUGAUUUGUGUAGUGGUUCAGACUCAAAAUCCUAAAGUUGCAUUGCUGGGACAAAUUGAACAAACCAAUGACUAUGAAGAUAUGGGGGAGUAUGAGAAUCUUUCACCUGUUCCAAAAGUGAAGAUCUUUCGUUUUCAGGCACCGCUGUUUUAUGCUAACAAAGACAAAUUUCUGAAGUCAUUAUAUAAAGCAGUUGAUCUUGAUCCGUUCAGUGAAAUGACCCGUAGACGAAAACUAGAGAAAAAAGCUAGAGAAAAGGCAGCCAAGAAGGCUGAUGGAGUGGACCAAACAAAUGGAGACAUUAGUAUAAAUUUGAUUUCAAAAGAGUUGGAUUUCCAUACUAUCGUCUUGGACUGCUCCUCCAUUUCAUUCAUAGACACAACAGGAGUGAGCACCCUUAAAAUGGCAUUAAAGGACUAUAAUAAUAUUGAUGUGAAUGUAAUUCUGGCUUGUUGCAACACAUCAGUAAUAGAUUCUUUAGCGAAAGAUUCGUUUUUUGGGGCUGGUGGUCAAGACAUGGAAAGACUGUCAUUCCAUACCGUCCACAGUGCUGUUGGUUUUGUCACUGGUACGGCACAACCAGUUAAUGACUCACCUGUGUAAUGUGUCCACAAAAUUUUCUCCCUAUUUUCUGUAAAAACAUUAAAAAAAGUUACAUUCCUGGAAAAUGCCCACAUGUUAAACAGGUUUAUGAAAUCAUUGUUAAAUAACCCUUUAAAAACCCUUUUGAGACCAAACUGAAGUGUACUUUUUCUGCUUUUGAACACACUCAGGGUUGUUUUUAUAGAUACUAUGUAGUAUUUCCAAAUACUAAAUGCAUUAUGAAGGCAUUAUGAAGCCUUUUGUGUAAACUUUUGUGUAUUGUUUUUUUAAAUAUUUUACAAAAAAAGAAAAAAUGACAUGACAAAGUAAUAUCUGUAAUCACAAGCAUCAUUAUUUUCAACUGUUUGAAAAGUUUACAUGAUGUGACAGACUGUGAAAUAUCCUUUGUUAUUCUGAUGCACAACUUUCUAUUAAUUAUUUUAAAAAAAACAUCAGUGGCAUUCUGUUAUUGUAUUUUAUCACCAUGGAAAAUGAAAAUCUAAAUAUUUACAAAAAUGGCAACAAAUAUUACAAUCUACAACACCCAAGAAAUAAGCUGUGAUUUUUUUUGUUAUACGUUGUUUUAAAUAUCAUGUCUGUUUUAUGGUCUUGAGAAAAUAAAAUACGAAU